CCAGCCGAUGAGAUAGAUCCUCUUGGUACAAAAAGCCAAACAAGAGAAAGCUGGCAGAGAUAUACGGAUAAAGUCCUCACUCAACCAAAAGCUAGCUCUCAGUCCGUAGCUCCUCGGCCAGCCCUCCCAUCUCCGGCUUACCUUUCUCUCUGUAUCCAAAGCGACCGAGGAGCUUACACUUAUGAUCCAGAAAUCAGCAAUAAGGGGUAGGUGGAGGCUAUUAUAAGAAGAGGGGGGCUUUCUUUCCGCCUCCAAGAGUGGGAGGUUCCAGUACCAGAAAGCGAAUGAUUUUAAUAGAUACAUAGAUGGGUAGAUAGAUCCCCCAUAAAAAGUUCUCUCCGUGUUCUCUCUACCAUUUCUCACUGCCUGCCUGGUUCAGAUCAGCCUCUGUUUCCCCCCACACUUCCUCCACCGCCACCACCAACAUCAUCAUAAUCUUAUCAACAGUAUCAUCAUGGCCUCUUCCAACAGGCACUGGCCUAGCUUGUUCAAGUCCAAGCCUUGCAACACCCACAGCCAAUGGCAGCACGACAUCAAUACAUCCUCCCUAUUAUCAGGUGGCUGCCAGAAGACUUCUUACACAUCAGGUUGUGAAGAGCGUAGCCCGGAGCCAAAGCCAAGGUGGAAUCCGAAGCCUGAGCAAAUUCGCAUCUUGGAGGCCAUCUUCAACUCAGGCAUGGUGAACCCACCACGCGAUGAGAUUCGAAAGAUUCGAGCCCAGCUGCAAGAGUAUGGUCAGGUCGGUGAUGCCAACGUCUUCUAUUGGUUCCAGAACCGCAAGUCCCGAAGCAAGCACAAGCACCGCCACCUCCAGUCUUCCCGCCCUCAUCCCCGGUCAGCCAGCACCGCUCCCUCUCCACCCACCACCUCGGCACCGGCCACCACCGCCACCUCCUCAUCCUCCCCAUCUUCCGACCGGUCUUCAGGGUCCGAUAAGACCAUCCCUUCACUGGCAUCGAUAACUGGACUCUCCGGCGUGACAGACGUGCCGGCAAGCAUGUCGUUGGCAGUGAACCAACUUCACUUUCAUGUCCCAAUGGAGUUCGGCGGAGAGCCUUUUUUUCUCCAGGGCCCACAAACCUACUGCAUCCCGCCGGCGCCAGACGUGACCUGGACCGUGGGUGCACCUGAGCAAAGGACCUGCGUCCGUUCAGGCCUGUGGAGCGAGCUCUUGGGACAGGAGGGCUGCAAGAGUGGUGAAGAUGAGGCUAAGACUACGAUGCAAUUGCACCAUAGCUUUGGUGUUGGAGCUGCUACUAGUGCUGCUGUUGCAAGUGUUGGCUGUGCAGUGGGUGUUAGUGGUGGUGCAACCACAGUUGGUGCUGCCGCUAAUGUUGGCGUUGCUAGUCCUAUCACUGAGUUACAAGGGGUGGGAGGGGCCGGAGGUGGUGUAGCGACGAGGGCGACGGUGUUCAUAAACGAGGUGGAGUUCGAGGUGGGGACGGGCCCACUCAAUGUGAGGGAAGCGUUUGGGGAGGAGGCCGUCCUCCUCCACUCCUCCGGCCACCCCGUCCUUACCGACGAGUGGGGUGUCACCCUCCAGCCCCUUCAGCACGGUGCAUCAUACUAUCUGGUUUAGGAGAAUGGCAAGGAGCUGGGAGGAGAUUUGCCAAGUUGGUGAUUGCGCUUACUAGUUUAAACUUCUGGUGUUUUUCAAUAUCGCUUAGUAUUUCUUCUGAUGUAUUGUACUUUUUUCUUAUAGCUUUUAUAUGGACUAUAUAUAUGACCUUUUCUAUAUAUAUAUUCGGUAUUGUGAUGUGAC